ACUUCUAUUCAAGUCGCCUUGGUUCCAUCCCAUCAACUUAUCUGGUGUCAAGAAGAAAAGCACCUCGUUCUUUUAUUGAAGUACAUCAUGUCGAAUAAAGUAGAGUUCAUUAAGGCGCAAGUGAAGGAUAACAAGGUCGUUGUUUACUCCAAGACCUACUGCCCUUUUUGUAAAAAGGCGAAAGACGCGCUGAAGGCUGCCGGAUUGAAAGACUACCUCCUGGUUGAGUUGGACGAACGCGAUGACGGGGAUGAAUUUCAAGACGCCCUUCAAAAAAUUACUGGAGGCAGAUCGGUUCCACGAGUGUUCAUUGGAGGUACUUUUGUUGGUGGAGGAGAUGAUGUCCAGGGGCUUCAAAACAAAGGACAACUGAAGCCAAAGUUAGAGAAUGCAGGAGCUUUGUAAUAAUCAAAUUCAGUUGUAAACAAAUGAUGUUUCAACGGAAUGUAACAGUUGCGUAGAAUGUUGUUUAUUUUCAAGAAACAGUACUAUUAGUAGAAGUUUCACCAGUCACAAGUCUUUUUGAUGUGUUGUAACAGCCUGAUUAUGUGCAGAUUCAAGUCAGUAAUAAAGAAUUUGCAACAAAAA